UGACUAUGUCACUUAGCUACAGCUAUUGCUAGUUUCUUUAGCUGAAGCACCAUUCACCUUCCAGGUUGCUUUCGAAGUAAAUCACUUAAUGAAUAGCUGGAAUUAAAGUACUUGUUUUUUGGUAAAUAUUUUCUAAAAGAUAUUCAUUUCUUCACUAGACUGAUAUUCGUUUAGGCAGUCGCCUAUUUCAGUUCUUUUUUCACUGCAUAAAACAGUACAUCCAUCGUUCUUUCUUUUUGGCUUGCUUAAAAUAAAAAUAGGAAAAUUUCCCUAAAAAAUUUUGAAUUGUCUUUAUAAUUGCUGAAUGCAGAAUCUGGGUUUAUAAAUUUUUUUUUUACGAAAACACCUAGAGUGAAGCCAUUGUUUUGACAUAUACGUUCUUUUUAGAUCCUUUGAUCCUUCUUUUGUUUUUUCUUGGGGUUCAAUAUUUAUUACUAUCCACAUUCAACCUAACGUGUUUGCGUAAUAUUUGAAUGGGUUUAUACCUCUAAUUCCUUUUGAUUCUUAUUCCAUCUUUUCUUUUUCAUUUUUUUUAAUCAGUUCUCGUUUAUUGACGAGUAAUAUUUUGUUUUUGACUAAAGUUAUACUCUAGAAAUGUUUCCUUUGGGCAGCGUUGCAGAAACGAUUACUGGAGAACGAGGAUUCGUUCGUUAUGUCGGUGAAGUAGAAGGCCGUAAAGGUAACUUUGUAGGAUUGGAGUUAUUUCCUGAAUACGCGGAAUCGGGCAAAAAUAGAGGAAUCGUUGACGGAAAAGAGUAUUUCAAGACAAGAAACGGAGAUAGAACAGGUAUAUUCUUACCUAUCGAUAAAUGCAAAAUAGCUUCUUCUAUUGCUGCAUCGCCAUCGUCAUCUCCUAAAGUUAAUGAAAAUUACAUAGCAUCUCCAGCUCCUACCUCCCUUCCAAUGUCUCCCAAUCCACAAUCUGCUAUCCCAAGAUUAACCGCUUUUCCCCCUAAUAAUAACAUAAACAUAAACAGUAUCUCAUCAACCGCCCUUACCCCUACAGAGAAAAUUCUUCAAAAGCGUAUUGAAGACCUGCUUUUUGAGCGUCAAAACCAUCAACAACAAUUAGAAGAAGUUCUUUCGAGUGUUGAUCAGCUUCAAGCACUAGUCACGAAUUUUACUGAUCAGCAAGAUGAGUUAGACGAGCUGCGCGAGCGGAUUACCAUGAAAGAGGAGCGUAUUCAGCAAAUGAGAGAAGAGGCUUCUCAGAGACGUCAUGACUUCAAAUCAACAAUCGAAUAUCUAGAAGACUCUACAACCCGACUCGUAGAAUCUUACGAGCAUCGAAUAUCGGAACUGGAGUUCCAGUUAGACGCUCAUUCAACGGAUAAGCAGGGAGAUGCAUUUUUCAACGUGUGUCAAGAACGGGAUGAAGCGUUAAGCCAUAUCGAAGUCUUAGAAGAACGUCUUGGGAAGGUGCUAAGGUCACGAACGCCUGUGGAGAACGGGUCCAUUAAUGGUAAACAUCGCAGCAUGGUAGAAAAUGGUUCUCCAACUUUGACCAACGUUUCAUAUGAAAGCCAUUCUAGGGGCAAAGCAUCUCGAGAGUUACCAGAAAACCAUCCACAGCGGCGUCAGACACUAGAGUUUUAUGAAAUUGAGAUUGAAGUAUUACGGAACAAGGUAGAGUCCUUGCAAGCCGAUUGCGAUGAAAAAAGUUACUACAUUAGUGAGCUAGAGGCUCGUUUGAGUGAAAGCGGUUUUACACCAUCUGACAUGAAGCCUACUCACGACUCCACAGCUGAGCGAGAAAAGCUGCUCAAUCGAAUCUCGGAGCUCGAAUCUACGAUCGAGAAAAUGUCGCUUCAUGAGGAUUUUGAAACUGAAAACCCAUCUUCCCUAAAUAAGAUUCCCGAAGAUUCCGAUCAUAACACAGUUUGGUGUGAAGUCUGUGAAAAUUCGAGUCACACGCUCGCUGAAUGCCCUACAGUUUUUGGUACAAAGGAUGAAGAUUUAUCUUCACCAGUUUAACGUAUGUAUAUUUAGUUCUUUUAUUAUAUAUAUCCUUUUUUAUUUUUCUGAAUUGAAGAAUAUUUCAUUGAUUAUGUGAAAUCCAAUACUUUUGCUUUACGAUUUUACAGAUUAGCUAUCAUUAAAUC